AUGGGGCGGUCGCGGUGGCCGCGCAGGUCCUCGGCCAAAUUCACGUUCUCGCUCGCGGACGCGCUCUCCGCCUCGACGGCGGCCUUCGCCGAGGAGACGCUCACCCUCGCGAACCCCGGACAAUUUCGACACGCGCAGUUCAAAGUCUCCCUCUCCACCGCCCGGAAGGAGCAGACGGUCGCCAGCAAGACGGUCGCCUCCUCCGCAUACCGGCAGGAGACGAUCGCCUCCGCCGAGACGGUCUCCUCGGCGCUCGCCACCUCCAAGGUCGCGGUCGCGGUCGCGUUCUGCCUCGCCGCCUCGCAGAAGGUUUCGGUCUCCUCCACGACGAGGACGGUCACCGUCGUACACUCCUCCUCUUCGGGACCGUCGUCCUCGCGAUAG